AUAAGGAGAUGGUGAUAAUCUUACAGGGACAUACAGAGGGAUAUGAUAAUAAUGCACAAAUGGUUAUUAUACUUACUAAAGGAAAAAUCUGUAUACAAAUUAUCAAUUGUAUCCCUUCAUUAUCGCUCAAGGAUUUUGCAACUACGGAAAAAAUAAUGCCAGACUAUUCACCCUCGGAGAUCAUUGAUAUUAUUCUCAUUCUUGGAGAAUGUCAUUUAAAUUAUCACGAAGCUUCGCGAGUUUACCGAGAUCGGUAUCCUGAAAGGGAAAGACACCCCAAUCCUGCUUUAAUCCGAAACCUCGAACGAAGAGCUCGUGAAGGUGAUCUCAAACGUAAAAGGAAAGAUCAUGUGUAUGAUGAAAAUGACAAUCGUGUGGUCACGCUCCUGGCAGCAAUUCAUCUCAAUCCUCAUGUUAGUCAACGGAUUUUGGCAAGGGAACUAGGUAUUCCAAGAUCAACAAUUAGGAGGAUUAUGAAGAAACUUAAAUACCAUCCCUACCACAUAACGUUGACACAAGCUCUGAGUCAAAGGGAUAUGCAAUUGCGUAUCCAAUUUUGUCAAUGGGCACAACAAAUGAUCAGAGCUGAACAAAAUUUUUUCAAUUUUGUCAUGUUCUCUGAUGAGUCGACAUUUAAAAAUAAUGGUGAGCUAAAUAGGCAUAAUUGUCACUAUUGGUCAGAUGUUAAUCCCCAUUGGCAUAGACCAAUAGAUAAUCAGAAUCGUUGGAGUAUCAAUGUUUGGUGCGGAAUUGUGAAUGGGUAUUUGAUUGGUCCCUAUUUCUUUGACGGAAAUGUCAACGGGGAAAACUUUCUGGCAUUUCUUAGAGAUGAUUUACCACAAUUACUUGAAAACGUUGACCUGCAAACACGCCAGAGGUUAUGGAUACAACUCGAUGGCGCGCCACCUCACUAUACAAGAUAUGUGAGAGAUUACCUGAAUGAAACGUAUAAUGACAGAUGGAUUGGACGAGGUGGCCCCGUCGCGUGGCCUGCACGAUCUCCUGAUCUGACGUCGCCCGACUUUUUCUUAUGGGGAUACCUGAAAAAUGUCGUGUACGAGCAAACGCCUACAACAAGAGAAAAUAUGAUAGAAAGGAUACGAGAAGCUUGCAGAAGAAUAACGCGCGAUAUGUUACUCAAGACAGUAAGACAUUUCCAAGAUAGGUUGGCAUUAUGUAUCCAAGCCAAUGGAGACAACUUCGAACAAUUGAUUCGAUAAAUCUUUAUUGACUGGAUCAUUCUCGAUUUUGCCUUCGGUGGCGGGAUUCUUCUUGAUCUUACUUUAGUUGACAGAACCAUCAACGAUCUUGCCUUGACUGGCUGGAUCCGUGUUCGUAUCUUGCCUUGACUGGCUGGAUCCGCGUUCGUAUCUUGCCUUGACUGGCUGGAUCAGUGUUCGUAUCUUGCC